GCUAGAUUUACCUCCACCCUCCGUGGCGAGAGUCGACGAACAUGGGAGUAUGUGUGCCGAUGUGUUAAUGUUAUCAGACAAACACACAUGCAAUCUCAGAAUAAAGUCGACAUAAAAUCGUUGGCCUACCAACGAAGUAUCAACCAAAUAAUAUCAGUGUCACGGUCAUGUACGAGGAGUGUGGGGACCGGGAUUCGGUGUUGCAGGUGAUCACUGUGUGCUAUACAUAAUAACACGACAAUUUGCUAAAACCAGAUAAGACCUUAACUCACACGAAGAGGACACCUCUGACAUGGCUUUGCAGUCGUACGUAGAUUUGGAGGAUGCUUUGAAAGCUGCUCGGGUUGUCUACGACCACUCGCAGUCGAGGAUGGUUUCCAGACGAAAGACAGUCCGGAAAUCUAAGAAAGCUGCAUUCUUGUCUGCAUUUUCAAUGACCAAGUCUGUCAGCAUUGCGAGAGAGAACAUCAAAAGUCCGCCGUUUCCUCGUGGGAAGACGAAACUCAAGACAAACAAAUCUCAAAGCAGCGUCAAUCAAACCAAGAAAAAGACGCUUGUACAGGUCUUCAUUUCGACUCCUUUGGCAUCAACUAUUUGUCUACAACUGCAUCCGUCAACUUCGAUCUCGGCCGUUAAGGACUUGCUUCAGGAUCGACUUGGAGUUGCACCCGAGAAGCAACAUCUUUUCAUUAGAAAAAAAAUGGAGCUUUGUGACGCAUUAUCGCUGGAGGAUCAUUGUAUUCAACAAGACACCAACAUGGAGAUGCGCCUUGUAGUGGGGCUGAGGGGCGGAGGGCAUGGUGGACGAAAGAAAAAAAAAUCAGCGAAGAGAAAAGAAGCUGACACAAAGCAUACAAGUGAACAACCUUCCGUACCUAGCGAAGGAGGCACAGCAAACAACCUAGAAGGCAACUCAAAUGUCAAAGCGGAGGGAGGUCAAACUGAUGCUAAUGGUAAUGUUUGCGCGAAGGUGAAGGAGGCUGAUGCACAGCCAGAACCUGAAGGUCAGACCAGGGGAUUAGAUAGGCGAGAGGGGAGGGAAGCCAGUGUUGCAGGUGGUAAAGGGAGUGAGCAAUCCUAUGCGCCUGGCGGAGGAGGUACAACAAUCAACAUCGAAGGCAACAAAAAUAUCGUCAAAGUAGAGGGAGAUCAAACCAGUAUCAGUGAUAAUGUUCCUGGGUUACCAGUGUGCAUGUCAGAGUGGACUUCGGACAACGUGAAACAAUGGUUGCUUAAUACCGGAGUGUCUCGUUCCGUUGCUGACGAACUUCAUGAGGGGAGUAUCGACGGAAAAGUAUUGAAAAUGUACACAAAAGAGGACUUGUUUGACGACUACAGCAAGAUGACCAAACGCGACAUGCGCCUUAUUUUGUACAGCAGAGAAGAAUGGUUGAAAGCUGAAAAGGAACAGCGAAGUCCGUUAAGAAGACAACAAGAAGAGAUUAGAACAGAGGAAUAUCAAUUUGACAGAAGAAGUACAGGAAUUCACAUAGACGGCGACAAAAACAAGGUCAAUGUGACUGGGGAUACUUACGUUCUACUCAUGACAGGGGUCGUCUCAAAUGACGGGCAGACGGACGACGCUUUGACCAGCAGAUCAUAUGAAAGGGUGUACGACCCUGAGGGAAGACAAGGAAACAGUGCCAUCAAUGACAUACUUCAAAAUAUCAUGAGGCAGUUUGACGGCACAGUGAUUUCUCGCGUGACGAUGGGAUCGCUGAAAUUCAUCCUGCUCGUCAAAAGUCGCAAGGGCCUUGACAGCCUGUGGGCCGCGUACACAUCCGGGGAACUGGCUCAAAAAUUCAGUGAGGUGCUCGUCACGGAUGAACUGACCACCGGCGACAAAAGUGGAAUCGAAAUACAACUGACGAUUUUGGAAAGCGACUACGAAAAAGGGUGCAGGUUCUUCGAAACGUUAGAAAAAGAUCCUCUCCAAGGAACGCUACCAAUGCGCAUGUCAGAGUGGACUCCUGACUACGUAAAACAAUGGCUGUUUGAUAUCGGGGUGUCUUGUACCCUUGCUGUCGAUUUUCAUGAAGGGAGUAUAGACGGAAAAGUAUUGGAAAUGUACACAAACGAGGACUUGUAUGACGACUACAGUAAGAUGACCAAACGCGACCUGCGCCUUAUUUUGUACAGCAGAGAAGAAUGGUUGAAAGCUGAAAAGCAACAGGCAAGAAGACAACAAGAAGGGAUUCAAGAAACAGAGCACUAUUGGCUCCAAAAGAGUCAACAUAGUCCCGAGGAUAACCAAGUACCGCCUUUACGGUUGACAUGCGAAACUAACCACUCUGCAGUAUAUCAUGCUGAUCCAAGUUCCCAACCUGCAGUUCGUCCCAAAACACAAAAGGCUCGUGUCGCGUCAAGUCCAAAAAAAGAAAUGACACAGAUAGUGCUGAGUCCAGAACAAUGCCCAGAAGCCACAAAACAUGACGAAGUGCAGAGAGACCACGGACUCAAGUUAACUGAAAAAGAAAGCAUACCUGAGCCUGAUGUACCAGAUUAUCAUUGCGAUACUUCCAGUCAACAAGGACCACUGUCACAGUUUGUCGGUGAAGAACAUCAUCGAAUAAAAUCACCAGUAACGGAAACAUACACGAAAGAAGCGCCAACAGGUGACGACCAUACGGCGAUAAUGCGUCAGAUGUCUGCAGGUGAGCAAACCAACGAGGCCAGACUACGUGUGUUACUGACGGGUGACAAGCAUGGCGAACUCGAUCAGUCUUAUUUUCCAGUCCUCAUUGCCAACAGACCUUCACUGCCUGCCAAGGAUGAACUCAACACAGUCGAAAGUCAAUUUGGAUUCAUUAAGGCAAUUAGAUGGGUAACCGUUUGGGACUUUGAUUCGAGAUCUAAACUGGAUGGACUCUGUAAGUUGUAUCAUGAUGAUCGGAUGGUUUCGCUGCAGCAGCCGGAUCUAUUCAAACACAUCGAGUCUGAGGAAGAGUUCCGGAAUAGUAUCGAAUUUCCCGAGAAAACGGUCUGGGUUUUUGCAAAUGGCCGUGAAGACGACCUGAAUAUUCAAGCACCUAAAAUGACCCUGCCUGAUUGGCACAAAGAACGACGUAAAGAUGUAGAAGCGUCAGUGACAUUCUUCUCCCAACCAUCAGUGAUACCAGAGGGGCGCGCUGUAAUUGUCUUCUUGCUCUUAUCUGAUGAUGAUUUGGACAUCCUCUGCGAUACCUUUGGUAAAGUAUCAUCUUCUUUCAAAGGUCUACAGAACAUCGUUUGCAUUUCCCAGGACCAAGAGCUUUACUUCAAGUUCGUGAGUUAUAUCAAAAGGUGGCUUCCCUCUGAAGACGAAAUCGUCAAAAGAAGCGUAGUUGGAGUUCAGUGGCAAGAGGUAAACCGCAUCUUGAUGCGAAUGAAUGGCGUAAAUCAGACCGACAAGAGUGAACUUCCUUUCAAUUCGCCAGGCAAAUGUUUUCUUUCAGUGAAGCAAAAAGACGAAUGGAAUGACAUCACAGUUGUUUGCAAGAAUGAAUGCGAAAACACCGAUAUGGACGACACAAGCCCAAGCUAUGAGCAAUUUGUGAAAAGGAAGGAGUUGGAAUUUUACCGGGGUGAAAAGGUUGAUUGGUGGAAUUUUGCUAUCGGCGAGAAAGAGGAAAAACUCCGCCGUGGGUGUGGUCAGGUUUUGAAAAGGAGAGGUUUUGGAGAGCUCCUCAGGAAAGUCAGCAAACCGCUAAAUAGCUCAAGGAUGGAGGAAAGCUUGAUUGUCACAGUAACACUUCUGCAUCAACCUGGCGCUGGUGGUAGUACUUUAGCUCGCCACGUGUUGUGGGAACUCCACAAACAUCACCGAUGCGUGGUAGUCAAUAGAGUUACCAAUAACACGGUUAACCAGAUACUGGAGGUGAGACAGUGCGGUUAUGAGAAGGGAUAUUCAAAGAAAAUCCCCCCAGUUUGUGUUCUUGUUGACAAUCUUGAUGACGUCGAAGUGCUGGAUUUGAUUGAGGAUCUGGAAGAGAAAUCAAAAUUUAUGCAUGUCAGUGGUGGAACAGUGUGCGUCCUGCUUCAUUGCAAACGUAAUGUUGAUCCACAUAAAAUGCUAAAAGCUAAAGGUAAAAACAACGACCUUUAUGUUCCCUUGACGCAAAAGCUUAACCCAACCGAAAAGGAAUGGUUUCAGCAGAAGUAUCUUGAACUGGAACACAAAGAGAAAGAGAACAAAACAGGCGACUACAUUCCAGACAACCUUCUUGCCUUCAUGGUGAUGAAGGAGGAAUUCAACAAGGUUUAUAUAAAAGGUGUCGUUUUAAGGAUACUUCAAGAUAUCAAGGGAAACGAAAGGAAGCUGAUUAAAAUGUGUUCCCUUCUGAACUCUUACAUUCACGAGGCUGACAUUCCCAUCUCUUGUUGUGACACAUUUAUGGACAGUAUAUGUCUUAAAGGGAAAAGGAUACUCUUCACCAGAAAUAUUUUAAAUUGGGAGAAGCUGGUUUCGGCUUCGUUUAAGAUAAUGGUGGUCAUGACAGAAAAUCGAACUAUCAGGAUGUUGCACAAGAGCAUAGCCGAGGAGGCCUUAAAGCAAACUAUGCUUGAAAGCGGGGACCAGUCGCUGGCAGAUGUAACGCUGGAGUUUUUGGACAGUGAGCUACUUCGCUCACAUUCUUACAGCAGAAAGAUUCUGGCCAAAACAACGCACAACCUGCUUAUCAGGAGAGAGCGCGUAGGGGACGGGGAGGAAACAAAGACAGGCUUUUCAGUUCUUAUUGAAGAUGUAUGCAAGACACAAGGGUCGGACAAGGCCAUUGAAAUACUGAGGAAGGGCGUCGAAAACCUGAAAGAUGCGUUUGUAGCACAGCAGCUUGCAAGAUUCUACCUAAUAAAAGAGAAGAAUUUUGACAUGGCUCUCUCCUUUGCCGAAGUGGCUUUGGAAAUCAAUCACAAAAACUCUUAUUUCUGGGAUACAAAAGGUCGGGUUUACAAAGCACAUUUCGACACGCUUACCGAACCAUACGUUAUUGACAAACAAGUCCUUGGAGAGGAAGUAUGGAAUGAUAUCUUGUCCCUGUCCCUCGAAGCCAUGAGAACAUUUCGCAAGUCUUAUGAAGUCUCAAAGGAGGCAGUCUCAACGCGAAUUGAAUACACUGGACUGUAUGCCGAACUCAACGUUAUAUUCCGUCUCCUACAAGUUAUCCUCCUGUGCGUAGAACCCUUCAGAACACAAGGCGAUGUCAAUGUUCUCGGGAUGUACCUUCUCAGGUUGGAAAUACCGCCAGGCGUUCGUCAUCCAUCCUGGGAUAAUGAGAGCCAGUGUCAGGUUAGACAAUUGAAAAAUAGAGUGGAUGAAGUGUUUGAAAUAAUGGACAACAAAACGACAUAUUACAAGGAUGGUUCAACGGCAAAUGUCGCUGGUCAGAAAUUGGACGAGAUGAGAGAGAACAUGAAAAAAUACUCCGUAAUAUACGACAGGUAUUAUGGCGAGCCACAGCCAGUACAUAAAAGCAGGUACAGUGAUAAAGAUCCCUCCAGUCUUGCUGAGCAUCGGCGUAGACUCGUUGAGCAACAACACUGCGGCAGUUUUCGGGAAAUCUUCGAUCAUGCAAAAGCCAAAAACCGGCGAAGGCUUGAGGGGUGUCGUGAACUGCUAUUGCAGAAUUAUCGCGAUUACAAUUCGUUCGACUUGAGAAAUAUCAUUUUCAUAUACUUAGCCCUCUCGUCGAUUGGAGAUCAGUCUGUGUCGGCAAACUACGUGUACAAGCAGUUUGUUCGCCCGUUUUACGCGAUGGAUAGCCCUAAAGCUGAAAGUUGUUGGCCCUCAUUCUUAUUGAUGAUGUUUCUGUGGCCAAUCGAAGGUGUAGUGUCAGAAAGAAGAGACAGAUAUGAUUUAACAGAACAUAUAAUGGAACUGAAAGACAGAUGGAGCAUUGAUCGCUAUUCUAAAGAGAAGCGGAUACCGCAAAAUCAUGAAAGAGUAAGACGGCAAACCAGAUCUCCAAUGAGACCGCGUACGCAUUUUUUCCUUGGCCAAGGCGAAGAUCUUCGCGUCUUUGCUCACAUUACCGAACUUCAUGCGACAGAGCGUAAACUUGACAGGCGAGAUGCUAGCGACGAUGUGUUUUGGCAGUCUGAUCUCGUAAAACAACGGUUGGUUCGGUUGGAAGGAACUCUCCUGAAUGCGACUACCCUGUUACAUUGCUUCCACAAAGACAAGGAUCCCAUUGAGAUCAAAUUAGCUGUUCCAUACGAAAAACCUCCAAGUCAAGAAUCAGUCACAUUCUACCUCGGAUUCAGUUGGAAUGGACCGGUGGCAUAUGAUGUGACCUUAACUGACAAAGAGUUUCGUAACGAACACGCAGUGCAACCCUCCUUUCACAAGGCUUACCCAGACCUCAUCUUAUCAUCAGUAAAAUCUAAAGUCUCACCGCCCGAUAACAUAUCAGGCAUCGGCAAGCUUCAGGAGAAACGAGAAAUUCUGAACAAGAAGAUCAAAGAACUAAAAUGUACAUCCGAACAAGAGGGCGAAUCGAAGAAACAGGGCAAGAAUGAAGAAAAUAUUCGGGAGAGGAAGGCUUAUGAACGUGAACUGGAAAAAGUGAAACAAAAAUUGCAGCGCGCAUGGCUACAAGACGACAUCUACGAUGAAUCACAUGCAUAUUGGGCUUGAGGCAACAUUCCUGCAUCUGGAAAUGCUCAAUAUCAAGAGAAUCAUCCUCGAAUAAAUGAUGAACUACAGGUAUUUUCAAUAUCUGGGGUAUUAAAGUUAUUUGCACCAUUUAAUUAAUAUUGUUACAAAUGAUGAGAUAUUUUGGCUGUAUGUAUUUUUCAAAUUGGCUUCCCAAGAAAUUUGCAUUGAUACGAUUGCUCCAAGUGUAAGUGCAACGUCACCAAUUUCCAGAUGUGCUUGCAGAUAUCACAUAACUCUCAACAUGUGCGAUGAUGACUUGUAUUACUGUUCGGAAAUUGAGCAUCAAGGCCUCGGGUGGUAAAAGUAUCAUUUGUUCUCUUCGUAGAGUUACUCUGGCAUGUUAAGUACUUAUGUUUGAAAGAAAAAAAUUACAAUUCGUUUUAAUGGCAUUUAAACCCUAGUUUUUGUAAAAUGCAUGUAAUGUUAAUAGAUUGAAGGAUGAUUAUAUUAGGUACUUACACUUCACAGGAAAAAUAAGAAUGUGUUAUUCUUAUUUGAGCAUUUUUAUCACGACCGUUUUUCGUCUGCUUGAAAUGAUUAACCAUGCUGUGUAAUUCAAGCUAAUGAGCGAAAGCUAUGUAAUUCUCAACUUUGAAUAUCCUUGCGAAUGUACGUACACGUAGCAUGUUGAGUUAAAGGGCACUGGGUGUGAAUGGAAAUUCAACAUUUACAGGGGGGUGGAGGUAUUCCCUGAUAGUAUGGAUGGGACAUAUUUUAGCGGCAAUAUCUGAAGAAAGGAAGACACAUCUUUCCAAAGUAAAGGAGGUGAGCUGGGUGCGCCCAGCUCGGGAUCCACUUUACAAAGUUCCAACCGAAGUACACACUUGAUAUCAAUGAUUCUCUUGAGAAAAUGUCGUGGUUUCAUGGUUGAAAUAUAUUCGAUGUCACAGAUGAAAUGUACAAUGUGCAGGAUUUUUAAACACCACCAGACUUCCAUCACUGCCCCGUANUUAAAAAAUUGAUAUGAUUUAUACUUUUCUGUUUAAUUCUUUCAUAUUAUUUUGACCUGUUGACUUCAUUUUAACCAACCAAAGCUGCAUCCAACUUCUUGUGUCCGUUGGAAAAAAAAUAGUUGUCUAUGAAUUUCAGUUAUUUGAAAACAAAAGACAGACCUACAGGUCUUCUUAACUGACAGUUUAAAGAGUCUAGACUAUUCUUGUGUCGAAGAAGUGAAAGAAUUACUUUACAUGUACUAUAAAUGCUUUUUAGCUUGGAAAUUUCUGCGAGAUUUUCAUAGUUGAAAAAUGAAGGGAAUGAUGCAGGGCUCAACUAUGGUGUGUGAGGAAAGAUAUAACCAAACAUAGCCUUCGCCAACCAAAAACCAAAACCUUCAUUUUCUUUAGCGGAAAGCUAUUCUUAAAUAUUUUUAAAAAUUCAAAGUGAAAAUUAUCAAGACUAGGAUCAUCCGUACAUGCAAUGUUCCAGUUUGCAUUAUUCAACUUGAUUCUAAUUUUUUCCAGUCUACCAGCUGCUAUAAAUGUCUAUACGAGUGCGUAUUAUUAUUGCAUGCGUUAGUACUGGUAUAAAAAGAAGAUAUCUUAUAGAUCGGUAAAUGGUCUGAAAUGUCACUGUACAGAAUACCACUCUCAGUAAACCCUCGGAUAAACCCAGUACUACUGGAUAUAAUAUUGUCUAUUAAAGUAGCAGUUGUAGGCGUUAUGCGAGUUGGUCUGUUUAUCAAUGGUAAAUAAGAGUGGCUAAAAAUAGAGUUAAUGAAAUUCCGAGUUGGAUUAUGAUCUUUAUAAUUUAAGUCAAUAUUAUAAUCGCCCAUAAUGAAGGCAAUUUUAUUUUCUUGGUUUAUACUGGCUAAGAUGGGGUCAAGGUGAUCAAUAAAUUCAUUAUUUUUAAAUUGAAGCAGUUUAUAAAUUAUUCCAACAAUGAUGUUUUUACUUUCAUUACAAGGUUUUUCAAGAAACAAUGACUCACAUUAAGCGCAAUUCAAUGAUAAGUCAUUACGGCGAGAAAAAUUGAUGGAAGUAUGCCCAUAUAGUAAACACCACCACCUCACCUGUUUUGUCUGUUUUCCUUUACGCAUGAAUAAUCAUUUAUGUACAUAUCAGAACUAUGAUCAGUUAACCAAGUUUCACUGAAACCAAUCACUUUGAAUUGAAAGUUAAGUAUGCUUAUAAAAUCGGUUACUUUAUCAAUAUUUUUGCUUGGGCUUCGAAUAUUUUGGUGAAAACACGAAAAAGUGUUUUUUCGACUAUUAAUUAAAUUGUAUUUUUCGACAAAUUGGUCCAGCAAAAGAUAGUCCGAGGUUCUGUAUUUGGUUUGCGUAGUAAUUUAUGUUUGGAUUGAGAUCAAUAUUGCCAGCAACUUCUUCAUUGGACGUAAAUGGGUUAAAUUUUAGAUUUUUUAGACGGUCAGUAUCCACUUUAGUGUUAGUUUUAAAUUUAAAAAUUAAUAGAUCAAAGUCUUGAGGUGAAAGAUGGUUAAAUGGUAAUAUGUCAGGAAAGCAGUUUUUAUAUGUUCCACAAUAAUGUGCCGGUCAGACUUACCAAUUGAUUUGCAGCACACGCUGCAUUGAUCAGUUACGUGUACCGAGGUUGCUUGUUAGGCAGUCCAUUGUAUAGCUGUGCCAGGCGCUACAAUAAGCAGUGAAAGGGUAUGGUAAUUACGCAGGGUGUGGAAUUUAGUUUACAUAGCCAAGGUGAUUGUACACAAACCCAGGGAUCCAAGUACCUGGAGCUUAGAAACAUCGGAAUAAAAAAAA